UGAUAAUAUAAUGCUAUUCACACUUUUCUUUUGAUGUACAGUUCUGUGAAUUUUAACACGUGUAGAUGUGUGUAACCAUGCCCAUAAUGGGAUAGAAAAUAAUUCCAUCACCCCCUAGAACUCCCUUGUGUUAUCCUUUACAUUCACACCCUUCCUGCAAACUCAAUCCCUAGCAUACAACGAUAAUCUCCCUAAUGGGGAGUUCUUAUUAACCAUCAUAAGUUAGGAAUUCGUAUUACAUUAUUAUUGUUAUCACUAUUAUUUGGCAUUUGUUUUGUUGAUUAACCACUGCUGAUAGUCUUUUUUCUUCAACCCUUCUGAGGCUUUGUAUUGAGCUAUGUAACUACAUCAGCAUGAAGAGUUAAGGGCAGGUGGGGAUUAUUUUCUGGGCUGCAAUAUUGAUUAGAGUUGUGUAAAUGUAGAAGAUUGUUAGAAGAGUUGACACAAAAUCAAGAGGAAGCUGAGGCUUGAGUCUUACUUAAGGGCUAGCAUUUUCCACUAAAACUGGGGACACUACUACGGUGUUGUAUUACCUGAUCUGAAUGGUAUCCUAGAAAUUCAAGGUCUUUGCUGAUAGCUGAGCACCAGCUAUGCAAUGGUAAUGCAUGUCCUAGUAUGCCUGGCAUCCUACCUCAUUCUCCUCCUCCCCCAAUGGCUCUGGAAAGCAAACGGAGUGUAACAAUAGGAGUUCUGGAAUGUUCCAGUGUGGGGCUGACCUUUGUAUCAUGGUUAAUCCUUGUCUUCUCUUUUCAGAGAAAUUAGAUUAAGUUAAACUGGAUAGAAACCUUUACUAGGUUACAGGACUGAACUGCUUUUCCCUCCUUGAAAAUCCAAAGGAUUUAACAGGAUUUUCCCCUUCUCAACCCCUGCCCUCCGCCCUGACCUUCACACCUUCCCAACACUAGGGAAAGGAAGGAAGUUUUCCCUGUGGUUUUGCUGUGUGACGAAAUGAUGGGGCAGAUUGAUCAAUGGGGAAAACCCCACGUGAGAACACGCCUUCUCUGUACAUUCCCAAUAUUUACUAUAAGUAGAGCCAUCCCAAGCCCAGGCUGCUAUCAGAGCAUAACAGCGCUCUCAAGGUACUGAGUACCCAGCAUUGAGCAGGUCUAUUCUUUGAGCUGAAAAUGAUGUGUGGCAGCAAGAGUUUGCUCCUGGCUGCUUUGAUGUCAGUACUGCUGCUCCACCUCUGCAGCAAGUCAGAAGCAGCAAGCAGCUUUGACUGCUGCCUCCGAUAUACAGCACAUGUCCUUCAUCCCAAAUUUAUCGUGGGCUUCACCCAGCAGCUGGCCAAUGAAGCUUGUGACAUCAAUGCAAUCAUCUUCUACACAAAGAAAAAAUUAGCUGUGUGUGCAGAUCCAAAGAAGAAAUGGGUGAAACAAGCUGUGCAUAUCCUCAGCCAAAGAGUCAAGAAGAUGUAAAAACUGAUUCUCUCUGGAAUGGAAUUGGAUACAGUCCAAGAGUGAAAAGAACCUGGCUGGAGUUGCUGGUUUCACUUGCACAUCGUUCAGGGUUUAGCACUUAUCUGACUCGUGCCUCAUUGGACUUGUCCAGUUAAUGAAGUUGAUUCAUAUUGCAUCAUAGUUUGCUUUGUUAAGCAUCAUGUUAGAGUCAAACUCUAUUUUAUGUUAAGUUAUUUAUAUAUGUGCAUUUUUUGUGUUUCGCUAUUUAAUGCUAAUUUCCCAUAAGCUACUUGGUUUAGUCUGAGCUAUAAAAUCAUGUUUGGAGGAAUGAGAUCAUAUGGACUUUCUUCUAAGCAGGAAGUUAUUUUUAAAAAACUGUUUAACACUCUUCUGUUUACUUACUUUUGUUUCCUAAAGGUUUUGUUGUAAUUACCUUGUAAAAGAGAAAAGUGAUGAUGAGAAGAAUAAAUAUUAAAAAUAAAAGAACCAAAAA